GAGAGAGAGAGAGUGAAGGCUUGCUUCAGAGGGAAGAAGAAAAUCUGAAGCCACAGCACCAACAGCAGAGAGAGGAAGGUGACGUCCGUUGAGCUUUCUCAGGACUUGGAGGAGGGAGAGGGAGAGAGGGAGGGAGGGAGGGAGAAUGCGGGAAGACUCGGGGCUCCCGUCGUCGCUGCGCCCGGCCGAUCCGUCGCUGCCUGCUCUCCGAUCUGCUCGCCAAUUGCGUCGCUAGAUCCGAGCUCAUCGUUCGGCGUCCCGCACGCUGUGGAUUCCGCAUUGGUGCAAUUUGGGGUCCCAAUUGAGCUCCCGCGAGCUCGGAGUCGGUGCCCGAAGACCCCUUUGACUUGGGAAAAUUUUGGUGAUUUUUUAGUGGGGGAAAUGCCUCCUUCUCCGGCAUUGCGAUGCUCUCCAGGGAGAGAGGUGAGAGCGGAGAGUCACAAGCGAGGUCGGAGUCUCGAAGGUGGGCUGCUCUUCAGAGAGAAGGACGACGAUCUCGCAUUGUUCAAGGAAAUGCAGACACGAGAAAGAGAUAACUUUUUGCUCCAGUCCGACGAUGAUCUUGAAGAUGUAUUUUCUACGAAACUCACACACUUCUCUGACUUUAAACUUGGGAUCUCCAUUCCUGGUAGAGGAGAGAGUAGUGAUCUUCUCAAUGCCGAUGGAGAGAAAAAUGACUAUGAAUGGUUGUUAACUCCUCCUGAUACCCCGCUGUUUCCAUCUUUGGACGACGAUACACCGCCAGCCAAUGUUGUACCUAGAGGACGUCCCCGGAGUCAACCAAUUUCCAUAUCAAGGUCAUCCACGAUGGAGAAGAGUUACCGGAGCAGCAGGGGUAGUGCAAGUCCAAGUCGUUCUAGCCCAUCUCCACGCUCUGGUAACAGUGCUGCCCAGUCAAGGGGAAGGCCAUCAUCGGCUCGUCAUGCCAGUCCGACUCCUAGCCUGCAGAAUGCCACUCCACCACAGAGGCCAUCUACUCCACCAAGCAAAACCUCUGUGUCUGCUCCUAGGUCUUCUACCCCUACUAGCAGGAGGAUGAGCAGUGGGUUUAGUUCUACUAGUGGUUCAGGGGUUAGAGGAGCAUCCCCUGUAAAGACAAGUCGAGGAAACUCUGCUUCGCCCAAAAUAAGGGCAUGGCAAGCCAAUAUCCCGGGUUUCUCUACUGAAGUGCCUCCCAAUCUGCGCACUUCCUUGGCUGACCGGCCAGCCUCAUAUGUGAGGGGUAGUUCUCCAGCAUCUAGAAAUAGUCGGCAAUCGGUUUCCCCAACUGCUUCUAGAAGUGUGGCGUCAUCUUAUGGCCAUGAGCGAGAUCACUUCAGUUCACAUAGCAGAGGUUCUGUGGCAUCAUCUGGUGAUGAUGAUGUGGACUCUCUACAGUCGAUUCAAGUGGGAAGUCUGGACCGAUCGACUUUAAGAAAAGUUGGUUCCUCUCCCAAUAGAAGAUCUUUGGUCUCUUCCAGGACAAAAGCUGUCUCCUCGGUUUCUGCUCCAAAGAGGUCCUUGGAUCCGGCUUUAAGACAAACGGAUCAUCGGAAAGCCCCUCAGAAUAUGUUUAGGCCCCUCUUGUCAAGUGUACCAAGUAGCACAUUCUAUAUUGGAAAAGCAGGCUCUAUGCAUCGUCCUAUGGUAUCUAGAAACUCUUCGGUGACAACAAGCAGCAAUGCCAGUUCUGACCAUGGCACAGGAACUGUACUUGCUGCUGAAGGGAGUGACCAGAACCGUGAUGAUAAGACCUGUGAAUCAGGAGGAGGAAUAUACGCUACUGUUGACCAAGAAAUUUUCGAAUUUGACAAGGGUGAUACUGCUACUGAAGACAUGGGCAGUGAGAUUUAUGCUGCACAUCAAUCACUUAAUAUCCCAGUCAGUGAUUUUGAAGUUGGCACUGUUGUUGAGAGUGGCCAUGCUAAUGCAGAAGAUAGCUGCCAAGACAGUGUUAUCGAGAAAGUAACUGCAGCUUCUGAAGUUGAUGAUUUUAGAGAUUUGGUGCUGUGCUCCAUAUGUGGGUGCCCGUAUGAUGCCUCCGAAUCGGUGGAAAAUGAAGAGAAUCUGUGUUCCAAAUGCAGAAGGAAAGAAGAUAUUUUUCUGGAAGCAGACAUGGUUGUUGCAGGGGACUUCACACUAACACCAAUAGAUACUCCAGAUAAACAUCAGCAUUUGAAUCAAGUAUUGCCGGUGGUUGAGUGCGAGUCGCAGGGAGUAAUAGAUGUGGACGAACCAAGGGUUUUGCUAGGAGAGGAAAAUAAUCGGCUAAGGGAAUCUUUCUCAAAGGAACAAAGCCAGGUCCAUCUACUAGGAAAAUCUUCUCCAAAGCACCUGAUUGCAGGAGAUAAUGAGAUAUUCAGCAAUGAGCGAGAAAAUUUUGCACCAAGAGUUGGUUCAAGUCCAUCACAUGCAGAUGCAACAAAUCAGGAGCUGCAGCAGUACACAGAUCAUAAAAAGAUCGAUGUUACUGAAGGUGCGGGAAUUUCUUUGUUGCUUAAGAGAUCGAGCAGUAGCAAAGGGCAUGUUAUUCAAGGUAGGACAUAUACUGUUUCUGCAAUUCCUCGAGAUGAUCUAUCUUAUGCAAGAGAUAGCUCAACCAGCAUGAGAAGCUCUUAUGGCCGCGAAAGUAUUUCUGGAUCUUCUUCUGUUGAUUUCAGCUCUUCUAGACAAACAGAUGUUCGCAUACACCGCCAGUUAAGUGGCCUCAAAUCUGAGAGUGAGGAUUACAAGUAUGACAUUAAAACUCAAAGCAUCGGAUCGUCAUUUUCGGGGUUUUCAAACCAUGCUUCCCAAGGUUUUGGUCUGGCAGCGAGCAUGCAUGACUUUUCUGAGGAUCAUGUUGGCAGUGUGGAUACUGAUGCAGAAGAAUCAAUUUUAGCUUCUCUAGAGAAGAAGCAUGCUUUGGAGACGACGGAUGCUGUUCGUACAUCCACAAUGUCCACCUCUAAUGGGGUAGAUACUUUUGAAUCUAAUGAGAGCAGUAAAGCCCUGAAUGCUUCCACCACAGAUUUGUCAAGUCAUGCGAUUAGAAUGGGACUAGAGGACAAUACAGUAGUGUCUUCUAAUGUCACAGACACUAUUUCACUUGAAAACGGGGCAGUUCUCCAAGGCAACUCAAGGGUUAUUACUGAAAUGGACGCAUCAGCUGUUGCUGCUCCAGGGUCUUCUGCAGGAGAGGGAGCUGGUUUGCUGAGUUCUGGCGCCAGUGCUUUAGACUGUUCAGAUGUUCCGGCUGACCACUCUCUAGUCUCAUCAUCUGAAAUGGAAACGAUGAACGGUCAAAGUAGGAGUCUUUCAGAGUCUGAACAUAAAUCAGAGAGUAAAUCUCCAGAGACUUUAGAAACAGAAAUGAAUGCUUCAGCUCAAGAACCCAAGACCUCUGACCAUGGGCAUGGCAUACAAGAGGAAUCAACUGUUACAAUGGAGGCACGAGCUGGAAGUAGAGGAAGAAGCCUUACCCUCGAGGAAGCAACGGAUACAAUUCUUUUCUGCAGCUCCAUCGUUCAUGAUUUGGCAUAUAAAGCUGCGACUAUCGCGAUGGAGAAAGAACCUGCUGUUCCUCUGGAAGGCUCGCAUCCUGCCGUAACCAUAUUGGGGAAGUCCACCACGGAAACGAGGGAUCCACGCAGAGGCAGAAUUGUAAGUAAACGCAGUUUGAAAUCCCAGAAGGCGAGGCAGAGGCAGGUAGAAACCGAGAAGAACCUCCCGUCCAGCAAGACUGAGAACGACGAGAACAUUGACGAGUCUUUGAUGCGUAACGUUGGGAUCCCGAACAAGUUGGACACUGUAAAGCCACCUAAGCUCGAAUCCAAGUGCAAUUGCACAAUAAUGUGAGAAAGGUACACAUCCCAAGGGCUCCUGUGAAGCUGGGUUGUGACCAAGCGGUUCCCUUUGGCCUACAAGGCGGCAAUAGGCCUGAGGGUCUUGUAAUUCGAAAGGCGAUUGGCUCUUUAAGUUAGUACACGUUUAGCUCCUGUUUAUUCCAAAUUUAUUGGCAGCAAGCACUGUAUUUGUAUUGGGGUUCCAGAUUUGUAAAUUUUUGUCUAGUAUGGUUAGGCCGAUGGGGGUAGUGGAGCGAGGGGCAUGUCUGUUUGAGUGUAACCCCACAUUCUUGUAUUUGUCAAUCUGUCUUAAAAUCCUCAAUUCGAGAGCAGUGUGAUUUAUGAAUUCAAAGCAAAGCCAAUAUUCGU